GUAUGCAGGUGCAGAUCGAUUCAUUUUAGAAAUCUUGGAUAUGUUACUGUAUAUUCUUCUUAGUGUAUUAGGCGUCAGCCUAAGGAAUGUUAAUUGCACUGACUUGCGUCGUGUAGACGAUACUGGCUUGAUUCAUCUGUUAAACGUCGAACAAAACCUUGUGGUUUUAUUUACCAAAAAUAACUGCGAAGUGUGUUUGGAAUAUGAAACUGCUGUUUCUGCAAUACAAAGUGAUUUAAAGGAGGCUUUGGGAGCAAUGGUUGUUCAGGCCCAUGACAGUAAUUUAGUUGGAAUAUACGACCCGACCAAGGAACCUGCUCUUGUAUAUUUUAGGAAUGGAAUUCCUAUUCUAUACCACGGAAACAUUAUUGAAGACCAAAUUAUUGAAUUCUUUAAUGAUAAUAAGGAACCAGCAGUUAAAGAGUUAUCUGAUGAAAAUUUUGAGCAUCUUACCCAAGCUUCAACUGGUGCCACGACGGGCGACUGGUUUAUUUUUUUCUAUUCCACGGAAUGUGUUCUCUGCCAACGCUUGUAUGCUAUUUGGGAAUCUGUAGGUGGAAAGCUCAGGCGGAAGUUUAAUAUCGCUCGAAUGAAUAGAUUGGAGACAGGAAUUUCAACAGCAAUACGACUGGGAAUUUUGGAAUCUCCCGAAUUCAUUUUCAUACGUCAAGGAAAAAUGUAUCGUUAUAUAACCAAAACGUAUCGUCCAGAAGAUUUCGUCCAAUUUGCAGAAACGGGUUAUCUAGAAACACAUUCCCAAAAGGUGCCAGAACCAUCUAGCUUGAUAAGCUCAUUAUUCUUUGAUCGCCUUAAAAAUUAUGCGAAUGCUGACAACGUUUUUCCUUUGGUGGCUUUUGGAUUGUCUACAAUUGUUAUCUUAAUCUAUAUUACAAAACAUAUAUCAAAAAUAAUUUUCCGAGAAACGCUAGACACAAAUUAUAAAAUAAAAUAAUAAAAAAAAAAA